AUGUAUAUCUGUUUUUUCCAGCUUCUUGAUGGUCUGACCAAUGAUGUCUAUUUGUACAAUUCAUUUGAUAAUACUUCAUCAUCAUUCGCACAAUUCUGUACCAGUUUUUGUACUAUCAACGAACCGUUACGUCAAUUUUAUAAAGGCUCACUGGUGAACAGUUAUUACAAUGAUACUGCGUCAACGAUCAAUCUCGGUUAUCCAUCAACAACUGUUCUCGGUCGAACCUUUCAUAUGGAUACGAUGUUUUUUGGUGUUCAGAUUGAAAUAACCGACGGAAACGGUAAUAUUAAGCGAACCUCAAUUGAUCAAUUACGUACAAUUAAUGGAUUAUCGAUACUUGACGACGAACAGAUGCAAGUGCCCAAUAAUGUAAAGGAUGUUCGUAUGAUAAUUCUGCAACUUCGAGCGCAGAAACCGAUCGGCGCAACAAAGCAAGACGUUGAAAACUAUGAAAUGCAAAUUGUUAGAUAUCCAAAAAUAAAUUUCACCACAACUUCAACUGACGUCGUCAUAAUGUCUCCAACAUUCUUGAAGUCAGAAGUUGUCCGUAAUGGUCUUCGAUUGUUACCAUUCACAUUUUCUGGAUUCUUCAUAAUGUGCAUAUUUUCGUCAACAACAGCCACCAUUAGUGCUUUGUAUAUGUCACAAAUGAACUUCAAUAAGAUCAUACUGGCGAUUGCAGCUUGUGUUUGCCCAUUUAUGGCGUGUGGAACUGCUCUGGGAACACUCUUUUGGGCUGGCGUAAGAUUUGGUUCAAUCCUGUGCGUGACACCUUUUCUGGUGCUUGCAAUCGGCGUCGAUGACGCCUUUCUCAUGAUACACUCAUGGCAACGUAACAAUCGUCGUCUCAAAUUGUUUCCAGAAUCUGAUCAGCAAGGAAAACUUGUAAUAACCGAUGUUUCAAAACGGAUGGGAUCUAUGCUCGAAGAUAUUGGUCCGUCCGUAACCAUCACAACCAUGACAAAUGUUUUGGCAUUCGCUAUCGGAGCCCUUACACCGACUCCCGAGAUAAGGUUAUUUUGUAUUGGUAAUGCAGCUGCAAUGUUAAUCGAUUUCAUCUAUCAGCUGACAUUCUUUGGUUCGGUUUUGGCAGUAAUAACACGUCGUGAACUUGAACACGAAAAAGAAGAAUUGAAAGAAAAACCGGUCGAGAGGAAAUUCUCGACAUCAUCAUAUUUUAGCAAAUUUAGCUUAUCUCGUGCAAAUAUGAAGAAUUAUAUGAAUAAAUAUUGUGCAUUCAUUUGCAACAAAUUCGUUUCGUUGUUGAUUUUGGGAACCCUUGUCAUCUAUUGGAUCAUUUCAAUUUAUGGUAUAUUGACGAUGAAGGCUGAACUAAAACCUGGGCAUUUGUUCAGUGAUGAUUCGGAUAUGAUGAAGAUCAUCGAUCAUCGUAAGAAGUAUAUUACACCGUACUAUACGUUGUGCUAUGUUUUCGCCGAAGAUUUCGAGAGACUUCCGAGAUCUGUGGGACGAUUUUCGACAAAGUUUUGGUUACGAGACUAUGAGCAGUUCGUUGAGUUUGAUGAUGUUGAGUCAGAUGUUCAAGAAGAGGCACUUUCUAGUAUGAACAGCACCUCUGCAACCGCCAACAUAACAUUAACCGCAAGCAAGGAUGUUAGAGCAGCAAGAACAAACGAGUUGACAAAAUUUUUGGAAUGGCCUGAAUUCAGAUACUGGAAGGGUUUCAUGCAUUAUCAUAUCAAUGCAAGAGGUGAAGCAAUCGUUGACAAAUUCUUCUUUACAACAGCCGCCCAUGGAAGAGAGUUAAACGAAUGGUCAAAACGAACAACACUUAUGCAACAAUGGCGAUCGAUUGUUGAUCGGUACGCUGAUCUAGCGGUGAGUGUGUACGAUGAUGAUGCAAAAUUCUUGGAUCUAAUUGGUACGAUGGCAUCUCAGACCAUACAGUCCUCCAUUUAUACACUCAUUUGUAUGAUACUUGUUUGUUUACUAUUCAUUAAACGUAUUAGUGCAGUCGUUACGGCUACAUUAUCAAUUACGAGUACUUGUAUAGGUGGUGUAACGGUGGUGUCUCGUCUGCAACACUGCCUAGCCGAUAUAACAUUUCCGAUAUUGCAAGCUGCCGCAUCAACGUUGAUUUGCCUUUUGACACUUUUAUUUGUACCUAUUCACAUGUCAAUCGUGUUCGUUAAAACAAUGGUGUUAGUUGUUACAAUUGGACUUAUUCAUGGUCUCAUAGUUAUACCUGUAUUUUUUAAUGUUGUCUCAUGGUUCACUUCACUGUUACGGCUAGCUGUAACAUUUAAUAAUGGUGAUAAUAUCUCAUUCAACAACAAUAACGUCUCCGCAUCAUCCUCUCGUAAAACAGCAAUAACGCAAGCGUCAAUCUGUUCAGCAAAAUCGAAUCGUGAACAAAACUUGAAUGUCUUUUCAAAUGUAUCUAAGAAUUAA